AUGCGUAUAUUGUAUAGAGACGAACGCGGGUGAAGUAAAAUCUCUAAUAUGCACCCGUACCAUGCCAGUUAUGCGCGUUAAAUAUGUCUUCCGACCCUCCAACCCAACAAAUCCUCCAUCCCUCGCAAAACAGCUCAUUGUGAGUAGAAUGAGAUCCGCCUUCUGUAUCCCCUACAGAGGUAUCAACAAUAUCCCCACUGCUACUUUGGUUUCUGUCACUGCGAAAUUGAUGUCGAUCGCUCUUUUUAGGGGAUGACAGGGAUGGUCCUGCUCUCUCAGAUUCCUGGGAGUACGUAGGGGAAAAUGGUGCUCUAAAUGGAGUUGGGUGGAGCAUUGUGCAUUUAGUCACGCCUCUCAACCAGUAGAUCUACCGCCACUGAGGCAGCUUUCCACGGUUACUAUACGGUUCUUUGGAGCAGCUCAAUUCUCUACGUUUUGCCAGGCCAGACUCGCACCCCUCGGUCACUCAGUCAAGUAACCGGACCACAAUUUACCGAUCAAGAGCAAGUCUCUUUUCUUUUAUCUUCUCUUGGAAAUCUAAUUGUUCAACAUUUAAAAGUGUGUGAGAAAGAGUGCCGAAAAUUAUUACAAACUUUACUAUUGUUUUGAGAUUUUUCACAUACUUUUCGAAUUGAUUGCGUUGAAAAAUGAGGAUAUUGGAAUAAAAAUGCCUUCUUCUUGUGGUAAACACUAUAUUGUCAAUCAGGUUCACAUAACAAGAAAAAUGGAAUGAAUCCAAUAAACAAUAAAAUCUCUAACGGUCAAUACAAGUAGACUCGAUUUUCAUAGUACGAUGAAAUGUUUUACGCAUUUAAUUGAUUCAUCUUUUGCAAUAAGAAUUUUCAACUACAACUUGCAGUUUUGUAUGAAUUUUCUUUUUGAGCAAUGAAAUUGUGCACACAGAAACAAACGCUAUACUUGAUUGGAAUGUAAUAGACUUUUUAUCGAACUAGGUGAUAAAACUGUAUCAUGGUGGAAAGUGCUUAUGUGAGUGAUUCCCCGAGGUCACGUUCUCCAAUGACCGAACCCUCGAGUCCCUUAAUGCAUGAUAGUCCUGGUAUUUCCGGAUAUAAUCAUCGAUACUUGUAUAAUUAUUCACCUGAGUCAUUUGAACACAAGUUAAAAAUUGCAAUGGAUUCUCAUUCCAAUUCUCACCGCUCUUCUAGAAAUCACGAAUUUCAAGUUCACGAAAGAAAUUUCUCAGGAGGUAGAGAAAGUCCUAUUGAUACAGAACAGGCGAGGUUCAUGCCAAGAGAGUCAUCAAGGCCUAGUUCUUCUGCAAAUUUGAGCACACCUGCGUCUUUGUUUACAAUUGACAGCAUUUUAGCACCAAGGCCAAUUGAUACAGUCACAUCCUCCAAUACAACAAAUGUAUCAAUUAUACAAAGUACAGACGUUAUUAGUUCGCCCAAUAGAACACCAACUGUGCAUCCUCUGCAACAACAACUUCAUCAUCUGGCAUUUAUGCCUGCAGAUUUUCUAGCCGCAGCAUAUCCAGGAUUAUACCCAGGAGGAUAUGUGGCUGCAAUGGCAGCUGCAGGAGUUUCACUGCAUGGACAGCCAGCUUUUUAUCAUACUGGACAUCCUUAUCAAAUAAAUUCAAGUACACCAGGAGUUGGACCAAUGGCAAAAAGAAAACGACGCCAUCGAACAAUUUUUACUGAAGAACAACUUGAACAAUUAGAAGCAACAUUUGACAAAACUCACUAUCCUGAUGUUCUUCUCAGAGAACAACUUGCUCUGCAGGUCGACCUCAAAGAAGAAAGAAUUGAGGUAUGGUUUAAAAAUCGAAGAGCAAAGUGGAGAAAACAGAAAAGAGAAGAACAAGAAAGACUAAGAAAAUUACAGCUUGACCAGAGACCAGCAGAAAGUAUUACUAACACUAAUUUAAAUAGAAACCAUGAUCAUGAUACUGACAGUUCUGAUUUAGAGGUCGCGUAGUCUUUUUAAAAAUUUUAAAUAAAUAACUAAAAAUAAUAAUUAACCGGAUAACUUAAUUUUCUUAUCCUCUAACGGAUAACUGGGGUACUUUAUAACCCCAGGAUUGAAACGUGUGUGUAAGGUUUCUAUUUUUCUGAAAACAACUUCUAUAUAGUAAAUUUGUUUCAUUUUUUAAUAAGGAAAACGAUUUUAUUAUUCAGUUUUCAAUAAAGUAAAAAUAAUGUAGAACAAAAAAAUAUCAAUUUAUAAAAAUUGACAUUUAUUACUUCGAUUGGUAUGUUCCAAAUCACCCAGUCAUCCGUUCUAAGGUUAAGAUAAAAAAUUAGUAUGUAUGUAUACGUUAAAAUGGGCCAUACUAAAAAAACGUUCUGAAAGUUAUUUCUGUGAAAUUUUUAAUAUGCCAUAGCAUCGCGCGGCUCUGAAAAAAUUUUAGGGCUUUGUUGUACACCGAAAAAAUAAUUUGUUAAUAUUUCUACAUGCAACUAUUGUAAAUAAAUGAUGUUAAAAAAUAACUGAAAUUUUUAUGAUAUACUAUCAGUUAUUAACUUUUUCUUAACUAGUUCUGUGUAGAUUAUGCGUAUGUUUCAUGUCAUAGAAAAAAAUAUUUUGUUGUAUAUCAAACUAAUUUAAUGCUAAACGACAGAAUAUGGCGACACCUAUGUGGCUCUUUUGUUCUGUGUCUUUUUUCUGGCUUAAAUCUAGUUGCUUAACAUACUCAAAUUAAAUUCACAUACUACAACUUGUUUUAGACACGAUUAUUGCUUGGGUAUUUUUGGGUAAGGCUCAUACAAAACUGCGAACAUUCGGCUUGUAAAAUGUAAAUGACAAAUGUCGUUUUUUAAAAAUUUUAAAUUUUUAACAAGCCUGAAAGAAAUUUUUGCGUCUACUUAAAUAAACAGAAAUUUAAUUUUUUAUUACACUGAAAGACUUUUAGUACAAUACACCGGCGAUGCGAAAUAAGUAACAGAUC